UCCAUCAACGAUCAUCCCAACCAGCCGGGCACGUUGACGGGCGUGCGACGCUCUCAGAGGAAAAGUGACCGAUACAGUGUUUUUGUGUCGAUUGCUCGAGGGAAUUUGACCCAUAGACAUCCAGAGGGAGCCAACAAGCUACACAAACAGCAGCAGAAGGAGGAACAACAACAGCAGUACUUCCCGGAGAGGCAUUUCGCAACAUCAUGGCGCCUGGAGGCAGCAGCAAGAAGAGAGACAUCGGCCGCCAAGUGUCCAUGGCGGACGCGGCGCCCAUGCUGUCGGCCACACCUCGUAGCGGCCAGCUGGGCAGCGCCUCCCAGGACGGUGACGGCGGCCUCGACACGGCGGGGGCAGGGGCUAGAGCAGCAGGAAGAAGUGGUUCUUCCAGCUCAAGAAAGCCGGGCAGCGGUCGCACCGGCCGGUCCAAGCCAAGGCCCGGGGGAGUGCACGCUCACGUCGCGGCGUACGAGGGCGAUCUGGGCAAGCUCCGGCGCUAUUCCGAGGCAGGGGGGGACCUCGAGAAGCGGGACAGCUACCGCGCGACGCCUCUGCUGCUGGCGGCGGAGAAGGGUCACGAGGCGUGCGUUGCGUACCUGCUCGAUGCCGGAGCCGACAUCACGGCGACGGACGAGCACGACUACACGGCGCUGCACCUCGCCGCGUACUACGGCCGGGUUGGAGUCGUGGCCCUCCUGCUCAGUCGCGGGGCGAACACGUCUGCGGUGGACGACAGGGGCCGCAUCCCGAAGCGGCUGGCCUCCCGCAAGGAGAUCAGCAAUCUCCUCGCUGCGAAGGAAACAGAGUCCAAGUUGGGGGUAGACGUGAUCGAGGCGGUGGAGCGCAACGAUGUGGCGGGGUUGAAGAGCUUCAUCUCGGGGAAAGGGGACUUGAACCAGAAGGGAAAGAACGACAUGACGCCGCUCCACGUGGCUUCCUUCAACGGCCGCACCGACAUCGUUAGGAUGCUGCUCGAUGCCGGCGCCGACCCCAACUCGGUCGACGAGGACCGGGACACCCCCCUCCACUACGCCUGCAGCAGCGGCAACGUGGACAUCAUCACGAUGCUUCUGGCCAAGGGCGCCGACCCCACGGCGGCGGACGGUCUGGGCAGGACCCCCGCGGAGAGGAGCACGGGGACGAGCGUGCAGCAGCUGCUCGAGGCGGAAUCGUACAAGUCUAUCCCCAAGAACAUCGCCCAGAUCCGCAAGCAGACGGAGGCGCUGCAGCUGCGCGUGGACACGAACGAGUCGAUCUUCGUGCAGAAGGCCAUCGCCAUCAAGGGCCUGCGCAUCGCCAUCGAGGACAAGGACUCCGAGAUCCGCGCCCUCAAGAGGAAGGUCCUGCAGCAAGACGCGGAGCUGAAAGCGUUGAAGACUAAGAUGACGGCGAUCGAAGAGAUAAUGAACCAGGCUGCUGAGGCCAGCCAGGGCGGAAAGAGAGCCGUUGAGCAGGUUCUCAAGGGUCUCAUCGACAAGAACACUUCGCGCGACGGCACCUGCAAGGUUUCCUAGAGAUGCCGAAAGCGACGGACGGAGCGAGGGGGGGGGGGUCCAAGGGGACGGUCAAGAGGGCAGCAAGCAGGACUAGUAGUGCCGUACAGAGAGGCAUUAUGUACAGGGGCACAGCAGCGGGGUGACCAGGUUCCACGGGGGGUGCCGUACAUCCGCGCGGUCCGCGGGGACCCCGCUGCUGUGAUGUCCCAUCGGCAAGCGGCUUCAGCUCACCCAGCAGACACCGGGUGCGCCAAGCAGCGGCGGCAUGGCCCCUUUGUCCCCUCCCAACAAGGGUCGCUCUAUCCUCUAGAAGCUGUGUGGUGAUGAUGAUGAUUUGAUGUCGCGCAGCGAAGCAACAUGAGGUGUGUGGCAUGCAGUUUCGUGGAUGUAUGUGCGUAUGGAUACAUGUGUGUUUGCUUUGCUUGCAUCACACAUGCCGAAUGCCUGAGCAGGGACAACACUUGGUCGGGUGUACAGUGGUCAGGCCCUCCCUUGAAGGAGUCGGUGAUUCGAGGUGUCUCAAUCGUGGUGGAAGCGUGGUGUAUGUACUCUAUGGUUUUGCUUCGGCGUACGGUCUUCGCUUCUUCUCUUGCGUUGGUGUCGCUGGAGAGGAGCGGUCGGAUGAUCCCCCUCGUCACUGCGGUGGUAGGUGGGGACAAUGACGCGGCUACCCUUGUGUAAUGUUCCUGCUGUCUGCAACUGGCGUGAGCAGUCGGAACGGUAACUGCUGUUUUUUGGGGGGCUCAGGGCGCCGCCCACAAUGCUCGCGUCUUCGGCGUUGGCGUAGAGGGCAUGUGAGGGUGAGUAUACGUUCGUUCGGCUGUGUUGUUUCAUUGGAAUGGCAUGGCGUAGAAGCACGCAUACUAAUUUCGGAAACUUUUGAUUUUUUUCGCGAGUGUCGGAAGAUAUCUAUUUUUUUUCUCCGGGGGUCUGUUGUCUAAAUGCGACUUUUAGCUGGUGACGACGAGAACGUGUUUCUUGGCCUUGAAGAAAAAGGCACGAAAAAGGCGGAACUGGAUACAUAUGUACAUGCUCGAACUGUUUGUUGAACAUUGCGUUAGUAGAGACACGAAGCCAAUGCUCCUGUCUCUUGACCAUGUUGUACGAAGAUAAACUCACUUGUUUGUCCACCACCACUUUUAAGAAACUUGUACUUUGACGCAACGCCCACGCUCCUUCUGUUGUAGAGAGCGAGGGGACGAUCCAGCAGAGAAUGUGAAGGCUCAAGGUGUGAGUAAAGCUCAAUUCAAGUUCUAGUGUUUCGUGAAGCUCGAACCCUCCACGUCGUAGCUACCAAGUCUGAGCGGUGUGCCCACACUCUGAGUUUGGUUGCACGUCGAGGUAGUUGUUUGGAUGUGUUUCAUUUGCUUUUCUUUUUUUGCCUGUAUGUCGACUUUUUUGUGAUUCGUCCAUGCGUCGUGCUUGUUUCUUGGCUUCUCAUUGUCUCCGUACCGUAGUCAAGUGUUCGUUGUAUGCUACUUUGCGGCCUUUCUGUCGUUUUCGUUUCGUGCUUUUGCUCUGCAAGCACUUCACUUCUUGCGAAUGGUCGACUUGCAACAUAUUUAUACUUUCAGUCGUUGUCUCUAUAGGACAUUUUAAUUCUUCUUCCUCUUGACUUGCAGCCGUCCGUCGAGCUCUGUUGUCACUCUUAAGAUUUUUCGUCUCGUACCGUUUUCAUGAGUGACACGGGAAUGUCGAAGCUGCGGGUCAGGGUCCCAUCGGUGGUUACAUGAGAGGUCUUGCCGUGACGGCACGCUUCGUCGAAAACGACACAGCAGCGGCGGUCACCCGUCCUAAGUUGCUGUUACGCCCACGAGGGCGUUGUGAAAACACCACGUAACGGAAAUAUUGGAACCAUUUGUUAUCCGCGCUUGUGUUCGAAUGGCUCUUAUAUCGAACAGGGUGGUACCUCCGUGUGCACUCCGCGAAGUCCACGAGGAGGAUCUUGUGUCAAGCCCGAUUAAUUCCGUUCCAAUUCUUGUUAUAGUCGUACGUAGUCCUCAGGCGCACGUGACAUUGUUUUGCUCAGCUUCCGAGUUUCAGCGAUGGCUCCGCCCCUCGUUUCUUCCCGACGUUUUUCCAACCCUCUGCUGCUGCUGCUGUAGCCACCCUUCUUUCGCUCUGGUUUAGAGCUUAGGUUGAGCUCUUGGGUCAGGGAUAUGGGUUGAGCAUGUGUUUUUCGGAAUUGGUGAUGUGAUCCGGUUUUGGCGGGAUGAUUUCUUGUUUUAUUCGCCAAAUAAUUAUGACGGAACCUUACAUUUAUGGUGGGCUAGCUGCUUCAAGGUGGUAGCAGAGGAAAGAGCGUUAGAUGGGGGACUAAAAUUGUAUUUUUCAUGUCGAGACAAUGACAGACAAAUGAGCGUGGCUAGUGGGCAAGGAUGUUGAAUAGCUCGGAUUUGUGCGUUGCCCAUUGUUCGUGUACCAUAGCAAGCUCAAAGAGGCAUGGACACGUUAUACUUACGGUUCAGGAAAACGACAUGACCCACCACGUACGACUUCUGGUGUCGCCCACAGGGAGGGCCUAUGUUGCAUGCAGCCAACCCUCCCAUUCGGGGGUACAUAUGAACCGGUCGCCCCGGUGGUCUAGUGGGUAACCUCGCAGCCUGCUAAGGCCCAGGUCAUGGGUUCG